AUGGCUGGAAAUAAUUCCGUGCAUAAUCUUAAAAGUGUUAUACAUGCGAUCAUCCAAAGAGAUAGCGACCGUGCGAGAAUAAAGAAUAAAAUUGACGAAGCUUUGCAAGAAUUUAAUGGAAAAAAUCAAAAACUAAAUUAUCCUAAUCGUGCGUUUAUAAUACGUUAUAAUUACGCUUUUAAAUUCUGGAAAACUGUUAAGAGCGAUGAGUUUAAUAAAGCUGGACAAAUUGAUUUUAAGCGAGCAGAAGAUUUGGUUAGCAAGUUAAAAAAAGAGUUAAACCAUUGCGUCCUUACUGAUCUCACAAAUGAUACUGAAGUCGAUGACCCAAGCUUUUUCAAGAAGACCAGUAAAAAACGACGACAAUCUCAGAGUAACGAUUCUCCAGUCUGGUUAAUAACUUGCAAAUGUGAAAAUGCAGUUUAUUUGAAACAAUUUCAUGGCUCCAACGAAAACGAGGAAAAAAAAGUAAACCGACAUGAUAUUUUUUGUGGUUAUUGCCUGAUCUCUCUUGGUGAUGAAGUUGAAGUGGAUAAUGACACAGGUGUUAUGUCUAUUGUAAGGUCUAAAGGACUUCAAUUUGUGGAAAUCUCGGCGAAAGCUAAAUUUGUUGAAAAUGUGCUUGAUAAACUUAAUGAUGAAUCUGGCUUUGAUGUUUAUACCCAGUUUUAUGACAGGUAUAAAGGAAUAUGGGAUUAUAUAAAGAAUGACAGAGAAUUAUUUGAAAGCAACUCUGACCAUGUGAAUGUCUUCAUGAAGCUAUGUUUGUCGCUUUGCCAAAAGUUGGAGGAGUUAAAGAUUCAAGCUUGCGAGCAGUUUUUGCUAGACAUCUCAUCGUCAAUUUUUUUCAUCAAAUUUUUACCGUCUAUUAUAAGCAAUGGGGGAACAAGGCAAUAUGAUGGCAUAAAGUUUUUCUUGAAGUCAAUGUUGAAGCAUAACCCUCAAACUGCGCGAAAGGUUUUCAAAGUUGCAAAGCCUUUGGCUUAUGCCAUGCAUUUUGCAAGAGACGACGAAAUGAAUGGCGAAGUGCUCGUCCAAAGUCCUGGUAUUGAAUAUUUAGCUGAGCUUGGCGAGAUAGUGUCAAGUUCUGUACCAGGAUGCCAAGAAGUUGACACAUUCAAUUGUAGCUGGGAAGAACUACCUGUCAUACCCACAGAAAGAGAAGUAUUCUCUGAGUUCGAUUUAAAUACUCUUGACGCCAUUAAAAAGGAUAAACCUUAUGAUUCAUCAAACCAAUAUUUGGAAAUAAACUACAGAUUACUUCGUGAAGAAUGUUUUAGGAAUCUUUCUACUGGAAUACAAAAACUUUCCCGCAACAAAAGCUAUGAUCCCCGAAUGAUGAAAUUGUUCAGAAUAACAUUAAACACUGUGGAAGGUGGUGGUCAUCUUGUGCUAGAAUGCGAAGAUUAUAAUGCCAGUGACAGCUCGGAAGAAGAGGAGUCUGUGUGUUCUGAUGAAAUGCUCCAUGGAAGCUUAAUGUGCAUUUCUCUUAGUGAGAAAUUCGAUUCUUUGAUAUGGGCAACUGUGGUAAAAUGUGAGAUGAAAGGAAAAGCAAAUACCAAACUUAUAUCGGUGGAAUUAUGCUCAGAGCGAAAUGGAAAGACGAACAUAGACGUGAUUUUACAAUUGAUAGAGUUGGCUACCAAAGGUAAGUUUUGUCAAUUAGAAAUUUUUAUCGCUCUCUUUAAUUUAUCAAACCAAGCAAUGUCAUGUUGUUAGCUACAAUAUCAAC